AUGGGUAAAGUCCUGAAAGGUUUCAUGAAGGCCGUGGGGUUGGAGCUCAACUACAACAAGUCGGCGACUAACACCCCUGUGUGCGGUGACCUAGUCAAAGUCUUGGAGGAACACCAAGGAUAUAAGUAUCUUGGUGUGGUUGAGAGUCCAGCCUCAUUAAUCACACCCGAAACGAGAAAGUGUGUAGUGGAGGGUGUGCGUAGUAGGGCGGCAAUGUUAUGUAAGACUCGGCUCAAUGCACGGAACUUAUUUCAUGCCUUGAACGAGUAUGCCAUCUCAUUGCUAAACUACUACGUUGGCCUGAUCGAAUUCGAGCCGAGUGAGUACGAUGAAAUGGACCUUAUUGUCCGAAGAGUACUCCGAGAGAAUCAUGUCCACGUGUUGGCAAGCAAUAAGGAGAGAUUGUACUUGUCUCGCGGGCAGCUAGGACGUGGACUGAGUAACAUCGUACACUUAAGUGAGCGAAUUCUUACUAAGAUGCACGACACCUUGUGGAGUGGGUCGAGUGUAUCCCAAAGGAAGGCUGCCAUCCUUGCUGCUGAAAAAGCGCGUGGUACACACCUAGGGACCAUAAAAGGCUAUGUGUCGGCUAAGUAUGGUCUAGGUGCUACCCAAGUUAAUGUGAAGGAGUUGAUCAAACUUCAAAAGGAGUCUUUAAUUAAAAAGAUCAACUUAAAAGUCCUUCACAAGACUCUCUUUAGCAGCUGGACAACCCGCACAUUGACGUAUCGUCGUCAUCUACGUGGCUGA